AUAUUUACAUGUUCUAUAAAAUAUAUAUUUAAAAUAUUGAGAUGUAUUCUUCCUGAGGAGCAUGAAUUUCCACUAGACCUUACAUUCAGAGGUACUGAUAACCUUCUGCUUUUGUAGCAGCAGCUCUCUACGAACAGACGAUGCGAAGAAAUGUUACCACGUAAAAAUCCUCGGCCACCCUACCUGACAGAGUAAGUUAGACAACAACACCGCAGAGACACGGCUACUUACUUACUUACUCACUUACCCUGUAUGCAUAUGCUACGCAGACAUCUAUGUAGGCAAAACAUCUAUACAUGUAAAAAAAUUUAAUCUUCUAUGCAUUUUUCUUUUAUAAAUGUUAAAUACAGUCGCAUAGCAUAUGAUAGCCAACAUUAGUUCUCAUAGAUUACGUGGUCCCAUAGAUUUUUAAUGGGGCUGAAAAUUCCUUUCUUCCAGUAACAUUGGCUAUGGUAAUGUCAUACUUCAGAACAUUACUUACAUGUUUGCAGUAAUGUCAGGGUAAACAAACCUACUUCAAAGGUAUAGCACAUACAACUGACACAAUGCACAGGACUUGAAAAUGAUAACUGGCUUACAAUACUAAAGCGUUGGCCACCAUUUCAGACUGUAUGCCUGCUUAGAAAGUUUACUCUAGAAUAGUGUGCUGCUUUGUUCUGGUAGCAACCCCAAUCAUCUCACGUUUAUCAAACCUGUCCCCUCUCCUCUCCAAAAAGGGCUGGCUAUGUAGCCCAGGCCUUCAAGCUUAGAGAUCCUCCUGUCUUAGCCUCCUGAGAGCAAGAUUCAUAGAUAUACACCACCCCCACCACACUCUCUUGAUUGCAUCUGGAGGCCAUACCUAGUAAGUGGUACAUACCAUCUAGGUUUGUGUGAAUAUAGUCUCAUCUUCACACAAGGAAACCUAAUAACUGCAUACAUCUUGCUUGAAUUUACAGACCUCCAUACUCCGGCUCUAGCCCCUCUGUGUUUACUCUUUACUGCCUCCUCUCCUACCAGCACCCACUCCUGAUCAUGUUAAGAUCCCAAAUAUAUUGCCUAAUUAAUCCCAGCCACCAAUCCUUGGGUAGUCUAUGGUUUCUCACUGAUGAGUGAGUUUAGUCAUACUAUGUUACUGUUAAAUGCUUAUAAAUAAAUGAAUCUUCUUGCCUCCCCAAUGGUAUUUCAGUGAACAUACUUCAGUUUUGAGCCUAUAGUUCAAUUUUGACAUUUAGCUUUUCAUUUUUCUAUAUCAGCGUCAUCUCCUUAAUCAAACCAGAAGCAGUUAUAAAGUCUUUGAUGAUGUUGAUGUCUGGCUGGUAUCAGUAGCUUCAGGGAAGUUAAAUAAUAAACUCUUCACUAGAAAUAAAGCUUCCUCUAUGCUAUGUUCUGGCAUUCAUGUGUGAAAAUGAAUGCAAGCAACUCCCGUGGCUUAUGUGGUCUGUAGAAAUGUAGCACUGGGCUGAGGAAAUGGCUCUAUUGGUAGAGUGCUUGCCUAGCAUGCAUGAAGAUCUGUUUAAUCCCAGUACAACAUAAACCAGGAAUGGCAGUUCAUCCUGUAAUCCAAGCAUUCAGGAGGUGGAGGCAGUAAGAUCAGAAAGGCAAUGUCAUCCAUAACGGUUUGAGGCCUGCCUAGCAUCUGUGAGAAGAGACCCAAUCUAAAGAGAGCAAAGCCAAAGGAAUUCCUCAAAGAGGAAGUCUGCGUCUUGAAGCUUAAGCAUAUCUUUGCAACACAGCUUGCUGGCCAGUAACUGUGGGAGUAAACUUCGUUUCAUCAUUUCUGAAAACCAAGACCAGGAACAGGAUCGAGUGAAAACGUUAGUCUUCGACAGCUGCAUCGUAUGACUGGAGUUUUUCUGGAAAGAGCCUAUGUAAUCCUGGCUAGCCUUGACCUCAUGACAAUUCUCCUGCCUCAGCCUCUCAAGUGAGUGCCACCACACCAGGCCGAAUUGUCUUUGAAGGAGAAGACAGCAUGGGAUCUGCUUCCUCCACACCUAAACCAAGAAUCAGCACAAUUUCUACGGCAGCCCCAGUGCCCAGCCCUGCACCCGGUUUCUACAAAAAGGAGUAUUUAAUCUUGGCCUUUUUUGCUGGGGCUCUGCUGACACUGCUGCUCGCAGCCCUUGUCUUCAUCUUCGUCAAGAGCUACAGAAAAUGUUACUCCAGAGCCCAGGCCCAGGACCCUCACUCAGAGCCUCCUGCCAAGCUUUCAUCUAUAUCAAAAGAGUCACUUACCUAUGCCAGCAUGACUUUCAAGCCCUCGGAAGAAAACAGCAAUGACUUGAGCAGAAACCACUCCACAGGCCUGGACUCCAUUGUCUAUUCUCAGAUUAAGGUGGCAGACCCGUCCCUGCCUCUCCAGUGACAAUGCAGGACUUCAGCUCAGCUCCACGUUGCUUUAUGGUUUUGUUUCAGAUGUUUGUCUUUGUUGUUUUCUACGAACUUAGGGCCACAGCCUAUGUAAAACUGCAGUCGGAGUGGUUUGGGCUUGAUGUGGCGGUGCUGCCAUUAGUCACAAGGACCAAUGGUUACUUAGUUUCCCCACCAGAGAAAAGGCUGCUGGUGCUCUCAGCAGUGGCGGCCCCUUGAGGGACUCCCCUGAACCUUUCCAAAGAGGGACAGCGCUCACUAAUAAAGCAACUCACUGAUGAUAACCAGGGAGGAGCCAACCUAACGAACAGUCGAGGGUUUUCAAAUAAUGGCAGCUCCUCCUGCAGAGUCAGCCCUUCUUCACCAGUUAGCACUCCGCCCCAUUAUCUUCUCCAGAAGUAAAGACCAGAAUUCUAAGUCAACACAGACUACUCCAUAUUGUACAAAAUGGUGCUAAAAUGUGGGUUUCUCUCUCCUUUGUAUGGCUUUAGAGAUGUGUGUGUGUGUGUGUGUGUGUGUAUGUGACAACCUUGGCUGAGAGCCAAAGGUAGAGAUUAAACAUGUUUCUUUAUCCCCAAAACAAAGGGACAAUUAUAUAAUCAUAUAAACUGCCCAUUGAAAAAUCAAUAAGAUUUUUUAAGUAGGUAAGUUUACUCUAAAAUGUAAGUGCUAAACAAGAAGAAAAUUUUAUAAAAUUAAUGUGAAGGGUAGUGAGGUAAAUAAGGACGUUUACUACCAAACCUGACUACCUGGAGUUUGAUCCCUAGGACUCACAUGCUGGACAUGUAUCUAUGUACAUGUGUACAUACAUACUAUACACACACACACACACACACACAUACACAAGCUCAUAGCUAUUGUGAUAGCAUUCUUAAGACCUGUGCAAACCUAACCGUGGAGAGGUGAGUUGGGCACACAAUCCCCUAAAAAGCUAUUGGCAAUUGUUUGCUGCUGAGAAACAGUUUUUUCUAAGAGACUAAUACCUGAUAAGUUAACCAUGUAUAAAUAUAAUCCAUGGCCACUGGGCAAGACUGGGACUAGUCAAUAGCAGAGGGAGAGAUUUUUAAUUUUUUAAAUUUGGUUUUGAGACUCAAAAAAGGAGAAAGGCUGCAAGGAAGCAUUGCAGGUAUGAUAUCCAGACCCUUGACCUUUUUUCUUCGGCUGCUGGGGGUCUUGGAGUCCCCUCCCUAUAGAAAGAAGUUAGGGCAAAGGCUGAACUAUGCUCAUCAAAGAGUCUGAAAGAGUCCUGAUCUAACCUGAUAAGAUAUAUACAGAAUCCAGUCAACACCCAAUCUGCACCCAGCCCUGUUUAGACCAAGGGACCACUUGAGGAUUCUGUUUUGAGGCUGAGGCUGGACCUACAUCCCAUUAGAAGGGACCAUGGCAUAUCAAACUGUGGGCUUCUGGGACUAGGGAAAUGCCUCCAUCCGUGAAGGGCUUUGCCUUGCAGAAACAAGAAUCUGGCUUUGAUCCCCAGGACCCAUGGAAAAAUGUGGGGCAUGGUGGGGCAUGCUUGUAAUCACCGUGCUGGAGAGGUGGAGACAGGAGGACCCCUGGUCUCGUUAUUCAGCUAGCCAAGGAGGGGCCCUGCCGCAUACAAGAUGGGCAUCUCCUGAGGAGUGACAUCUGAGGUUAUCCUCCAGCCUCCCCAGGUACACACAUGAACGUGCACUUCUGCCACAGAAUAGCAGCGAAGGCAGUGGUGAAACAGGAAGGACACCAUGUGGGGGAGGGUUGCAGGUUGCAGGGAAGCACGUGGGGAAGUGGGAAUCCGGCGCCAAUGACGAUAUAACCCUGUUUGCUCCCACGGAUGAUGGUGCCUCAUUCUUGCCUUGUGUUUCCUGAUUUGAAAACACUGGUCACUUGUGACCUAUUGCUUGCUCACUGGUCAGAAGCAGCACCCGCUCACUUUGGUGGCAGUUUCCCAUUGAGGAUGUGCUUUGGGGUCCACAGUCUUUUCACCGAGAGAAUAUGAGAACCACAGACUCAAUCUGUCUCCUGUUUUUUGGAUAAAACAGCGUUUAAUACUAAUUCAGAAAUGCAUUGGCAUAUUAUGCUUUUUAGGAACAUGUCAACCAAAACUUUUCCUGUGAUGACAACCCAGGAGAAGUCAAUCAUACCUGGGGGCUCUUUCAACAGUAUUCAGAUAUUUAUUGGCUGAUAAAUAAAAUACAAGUCUUUCCCCCUUGCCCCA